GUGUUAGUGUGUACUUAGAAGAAUUUAAACGUCACCUUUUAAAAUUGUAAAUUUUAUUUUUAAAGAUAAACAUCGUAUUAACUUAUUUUCUAAAAGUAAAAUUUAUAAUUACAAAAAGAGACUACACCGCGUUUAUCUUUUAAAUCGCUAUUAAGUUCUAGAUUUGCUGGAAUUGAGGUUAAAUUAUUUGGGGAGUGGUUAUAUUUAAAAAGUUAAAAUGUUGGAUGAAAAUUUAUUGCAAGAACGAUUAGCACAAUUUAAUCCCGAGCCUUUAGUAGACACUAGUCACAACAAACCCAAAGAAUGCAUCGAAUCAUAUACUAUCCAUGAGGAUGAGUAUAACAUUGAUUUGGCCAAAACCAACUUUUUAAAUUUUUUGGACAAUGAAGAAAUAAAACAGUCAGCUGAAAAUAUUAUACGAAAAUAUGGUGUAGGAACAUGUGGCCCAAGAGCUUUUUACGGUACAACAGAUGUUCAUCUAGAUCUAGAACAGAGGCUUGCAGACUUUCUGCAUAUGUCAGAUUCUAUUGUUUAUUCCUAUGGUUUUGUAGCUAUAUCAAGCUCAAUUGCAGCUUAUUGUAAAAGAAGUGACACUGUAUUUCUAGACAAAGAAACCAACUUUCCAAUACUACAAGGUGUGAUAGCAUCUAAAAGUAAAAUUGUGUAUUUUGACCAUAAUGAUCCAAAUAGUCUAAGACGAGAAGUGGAGAAAGUGAUCAAAAAUGAGAAAAAACCAUCAAGAAAGUUUUUAAUUGUAGAAGGAGUAUCUUGGAAGACUGGAAAGCUGCUGCCUUUGGAAGAAUUCUUAAAAGUAGCUGAAGAUUACAAAAUUCGCAUUUUCUUAGAAGAAUCUUAUUCUAUUGGUAUAUAUGGAGAUCAUGGUAAAGGUCUAACUGAACAUUUUAAUAUUGAUCCCUCAAGAAUAGAUAUGAUAAUAGCUACCUUGGAAGCAGCAUUUGGUUCUAUAGGAGGAUUUUGUGCUGGCUCCCAUUUAACAAUUGAGCACCAAAGAUUAUCAGGUGCUGGAUAUAUAUUUUCAGCCUCCUUGCCCACUUUCUUGGUACAAGCAUGUAUAGAGUCUAUUAGACUCAUGGAAGACCGUCCCAAACAAAUAAGAGCAAUAGCAAGAGAGUUCCAGUUAUUUUUAGAAGAGACAUGCCAAUACAAAGUUGACAGUGACCCUGAAUGUGCUUUUAAAGUUUUUAGUGUUAAAGAAGAAAAUGGGAGAAAAGAGAAAGAGGAAAUAAUUCACUCAUAUUGCAAACAAAAUGGUGUACAUUUUCUAAUAACCGAAGGAGGUCUAAUGAUAAACCUUUCAAUUAAUACAUUUACUAAUAAGAGCAGAUUGGAGAAAGUUUAUAAAGUUCUGGAAAAUGCAUCCAAACUAUAACUUAAAGCUGGUAGCACCACAUUAGGAAUAUUAAGCACAACUGCACAGUUAUGGGCAUUUACUUGAUAAAUUGCUGUAAUGUAUUUUAAUUUAAAAUCAAAUUAAUAUUAGGGUAACACAAAGCUGGUAUUAACAUUCCUUGUGCAAAAAUAAAAUAUAUUUAAAGUUU